CUAGCAAACGUAAUGCGGGACUGCAAGUCGGUGCUGGCGCCCAGUGGCUGUUUUAGAGAAGUAUUGAAGGAGACGAGUUCGCCCAACCCCCAUGAUCACCUUCGAGUCCUCAUGUCGCUCAUGAAACCAGACAUCAAUGGAGCAAACGAUGCGACUCUUGUGCGCUCCUACAUUGAGGUGCCGAGCCGAUCAACGUGGAGUCAAUUGCAUUCGCUCGCGGGCUGCGACAAGCUAAGGCACGCGGCGGCGAUGGUGUUGCAUCAAGACGACAGCGAUGAGUGCAAUGGCGACAGCCCGGAAUUUUUCUUCUGUGCGCCAAGCCUUGUUGCUCGCCGAGUAGACGUGACGGCUUCGUCGCUUGCGGGGCUGCACAAGAUCAUAGCGAAGCUGCGUGCGCUUGAAGCUGAAGAUUCUGAUGGUGCGCCGCACUUCGGCGAGUUCGUGCUUCGUCGAGCAGAGACCGACGAGGAGCUGGAAGACCUGCACUGA